AUGGGACAUAAGGAGCAUGGAGGGACUUGGCACAUGGAAGCAGCUCAACUGGAUACGCAAAGGAAGAAGGGAGAAGCCAUCUUGAAGACCAGCUCGACCGUCUACUCGACCAACCGGUCGAGUUCCUCAACUCGACCGGCCAAGCUUCAACUCGAUCGAGCUGGAAGUCAAAGUCAAACCCGAAAAAUGUGUAUGCGAACUCGAUCGAGUCGGUCAACUGAAGACUUGGUCGAGCUAGACAUUACAACGGGUAGAAAGAGGGUUCAGAGGUCACAGAGGGUACAAGAGGAACCUGAGGUGCUUGUUGCUGAUACAAUGGAUGUACCAGAGGGGAAUGGAAACCCUUUGGGCAUGGACUCGGUCGAGCUAGGCAAACUCGACCGAUUGGUCAAGGAGAUGCUCCAAACCGCCACCAACAGAGACAAGGGAUUGUUCCACCACCAGUGCAGAACCACAACUUUGAGAUCAAGCUGGGAAUGA